AUGCGAUCCCAAUUCGCCCUUAUCGUCUUUGCUGCCCCUUUUGCCCUCUUUCAUGGCAUCCUAGCUGCUCCAAGCUGUAUACCCGAUACUUCCACUACCUUCUGUGACCCCAGUCGCCCCAUCACUGGGUCUCAGAUGCGUUCUAUCUUCAACACCUUCGUCGAUCAGUUCUACUUCAAGCGCGAUUUCCAAGGCGCUAUGAAAAAAUUUGUCUCAUCAAAUUUGAUUCAGCACAACCCACAAAUUGCCAACGGUAGCCAAGCUCAAGUAGAAGUUGUUACUUCUAUUCUUGCAAACUAUGAUGGCCCUGAAUUCGAGCUAGUGAUUAUUGAUGUAGAGAGGGGGUACGGGGUAGUUUUUAACCGCUUUCGUGGGAAGGCGGGUACUGGGUUGCCUAUUACUGGCGUUGCUGAUAUAUACCGCUUUGAGGGUUCUUGUAUGGUAGAACACUGGGAUGUGAUUGAAGGGUUACCUCCAAAUUCCACCAACCCGAUGCCGUUUAGGAAGUGA